AUGGACGACGGCGUACAACCGGGUGAAGGCGGCCCAGUUAAGAACGUGGCAAAAUCUGGCCGGAGAGCACGUCUCGCAGCAGAUCUAUCCCUUGGAGAUGCCACUACCUCCAGGAAGUCCACCACCUCUGCUGGAGAAGAUGACGGGGAGGGCCCCCCUCCUAAACCACCUAGGAGGCAGGGCGGCUGGGCCGAAGAAAGCUCCGGAUCCGGUCCUGGCAAGUCUUCAAGAAGAGCCGCUGCCGACGACCUAGAAGACCGCCGGCUGCGACCACAAACUCCCCAAGGAUCGGAUGAUGAUGGAGAUAUUCCAGUCAUUCCGGAUUUGGAUGAUGUGCAGGAAGAAGAUCUCAACAUGCAAGUAGCGGCUCCACCGAGUGUUCAAGUCAACCGGGUAAUGACCUACAGAGACCUGGACAACGAUCUGAAAUAUUACUCUGCGUUCCAGACUCUCGAUGGAGAGAUUGACUUGAAGCUCCUUACAAAGGUUUUGGCGCCAGAGCAGGAGGUGAAGGAGGAAGAUGUGCUCUGGGACUGGGAUCAUCUGUUUACAGAGGUGUCUUCAGAGCUCCUGAUGGAAUGGGACCAGAGAGAAAGUGACGAUCAGGCUUCAUAA